GUAAACACAGAAUUAACGUGCUGUCAGUGUGAAGCGGUUCUUUGUUUUUCUCCGCGCUCUCUUAUCUAUCGAAUGAGCCUCGUGCUAUGACGUCACCGACACCCUUUCCGAGCGAGGAUCGGAUUAAAGAUGGCGCCCUCUCAUGCGGUAAGAUGCUGUCAACGGGGCUUAUCCUGGAUACCUGUGAUUUUCAUCAACCUGGUCGUGUGCUGGUCCUACUACGCCUACGUGGUGGAGCUCUGUAUAUAUACAAUCCCUAACACCGAGGAGCAAGUUAUUUAUCUCAUAGUGUUUCACAUCUGCUUCUUCAUGUUCAUAUGGUCCUACUGGAAGACCAUCAUUUCCAAGCCAGCCAACCCCUCGAAAGAGUUCUGUCUUCCUAAGACAGAGAAAGAGCUGUAUGAGAAAGAAGAGAGACCAGAAGCCCAGCAGGAAAUCCUGAAGAAAGUGGCAAGAAAAUUGCCCAUAUACACACGCACAGGAUCUGGGGCUAUCCGUUACUGUGACCGUUGUCAGCUGAUCAAACCAGACAGAUGUCAUCACUGCUCCACUUGCGACAAGUGUGUCCUGAAAAUGGAUCACCACUGUCCCUGGGUUAAUAACUGUGUUGGAUUCUCAAACUACAAGUUCUUUGUGCUAUUCCUGGCAUUCUCUAUGCUGUACUGCAUCUUCAUUGCCGCUACCGUUUUGCAGUACUUCAUCAAGUUCUGGACACUUUGCAGACGGAGGGCUAUAGAGCAUUGCCCGGAGAAUCAGCUGCCGGACACUCAUGCAAAGUUCCACGUAUUGUUCCUCUUCUUUGUGGCGGCCAUGUUCUUCAUCAGCAUCCUGUCACUCUUCAGCUACCACUUAUGGCUAGUGGGAAAAAACAGAACCACUAUAGAGGCUUUCAGGGCGCCGGUGUUCAGAAAUGGCCCAGAUAAAAAUGGUUUCACCCUGGGCUUUCGCAAAAAUAUCACCCAGGUGUUUGGAGACCAGAAGAAGUACUGGUGCUUACCUGUUUACACCAGUUUGGGAGAUGGAUACACAUUCCCUACCCGCCUAGUUAACGUUGACACAGAGCAAGGCAAUGUUGAACACCAGACCAUUAAAUGCACAGUUGAUGGACAGACAAAUGCCAGACCUCUAAGUGAGUCACAGAAUCAUCUCAUAGGCAACGAUGUGCACUCUGAGGAACAGAAAGAUGGAAGCCCUGCAAACAGCGAGGGAUGUCACACUGUUUCUGUUACCAUGGAGAAUUAGUUGUUGUCAGGACUUCUAGAAUGGCGCAAAUAAGUAUUUGGUUUUCCUCUCUUUUGGAUACCUUUUUCCUAAGACCUCACAUGAAAGACCACAUAGCCCUCAGAUAUAAUGCCUUAAAGUUAUCAGCAUUAUCUCAUCUGUAAGGAAACGAUCUGCAGCAUGCCGCUGAGGUGGAUUUAUUUAAACUGAAUUCAAAUCAGCACAAACUCUUUGCACCAAACAUUGACUGAACUGAAUGGCUCUUUCACCAGUUUUUAUGACGUGGUGCUAACAGCACUUUGUAAUCCGAUGUUUUUCCUUUUCUCCAGACUUUCACAUAUAGAGACAUGGAUAUGUUUUUUGUUUGACCAGAUAUCCUAAGCUGAUCUUUAAGGUUUUUUUUUUCUGUCUGAUACUUUUAAAUGUUUUUAAUUUAUACUGGUUAUCUCUGGGACUACUUUAUGUAGGCCAAAAAAGUUCAAUAUAGGUAUGUUAUUUUAUUGCAUGUGUUUUAUACCCAAGAUGCACUUUUGUCACCAAGGAUUUUUUGAUGAAGGGUUUUGCAGAUAUUUACGGAGAUGAAGUAAUGCCCAAUACAAUGCAGUAUUUUGCACUAGAAUGUAUUAAUCCAUAGAUUUAUAUUCACUACACAUCAGUGUCAACCUAAACAAAUGGACUUGGGUGACUCUGAAAUAGAAAUGUUAGUCAAAGUAUUUUGCCAGAUAACUUAGGAAAAAAAAGUGCAACGAGGUAUUUGAAAAUAGCCCAUUUAAAGGGAUAGUUCACUCAAAAAUGAAAAUGAUCAUUUACUUACCCUCACGUCGCUUCCACUUCCAUAAAACACAAAAGAUGUUUGACAGCCUCAGUCACCAUUCACUAUGAUAGUAUGGAAAAAAAGAUGCAAAGGAAGUCAACUGGGACUGACAACGUUAGUCACCAAUUUUUUAUUAUUUUGGUGAACUAUCCCUUUAACUAAAAAGUUCUAGAUGGAAAGAUUCUGUAUAGUAUUCAGUGGCGUUCUACAACUUUUAUGUCUCAGUAUUUGUUGUAAGGGCUGGUUUAACAUGGGCUUCACACCUCCACCCAUUCAUCAACAUCAAGUCAAACAUCUUUUUUUCUGACCUCAAGCCAAUCUGCAUUUUAUACUUUGUGCCUUAAGGGUUACAUUUUAUUGCAGAUGGUGUGAAAUGGGUGACGUUAAAGCACUCUUAAAACUUUCUAGAUUGUGUAGCACCGCAAACACAUCUCAGAACACUUGCUUAUUACACAGGAACUCGGGCCAGAAACUUAAAAAAAGGCUAGUAGUUUCAUUUGUAGUUUUGACAAUUUACUAACCCUCAUUGUUCAAACCUGUUUGACUGACUUUCUUCUAUAGAACAAGAGAUGUUACGCAGAAUGUUAGGGACUAGAGGUUGACCGAUAGUGGGUUUUGCCGAUACCAAUAACUAUACCAUUAAUGGUGGAAAAGGCUGAUAACCAAUUUAUCAGCCGAUAGUUUUAAAAAAUUGAUUAAUAGAAUUUUACAUUUUCUUACACCCGUCUACACCGGAAGCAAUAGAACCCUAUAGUAACCAAUGAUGCUACUGGACUGGAUGACACUGGAAGCAUCUGUUGUGGCCCGUCCAUCACGCCGAGAGUAAACGGGUGUCCAGUUCCAUUUUGCGAUGUACCCACUGGUGCUACUGCUGCCAACAACACAAAUAAACGGUUUAGAACGUUUGCGUUGACACGUCCAAUGUAGACAGCCUCAAGCCGUUGCGUCGCGUCAACGGACGCACCCGGUGUAAACAGGGUGUGAGUUGGCACAGACAUAGAGGCCAGAGUCCAAAAUGUAUAAAAUCCCAGAUAUAGGUUUUUUUUUUUUUAACCAAAAU